AUGUAUGACUGUGUAUGGACAGAUGUGUUGGAGGCCAUCGGUGUGUUGGCAGUCAUAGCCAACGGCCUGGUUAUUGGGAUAUCUUCAGAUUUCAUCCCCCGCCUUGUAUACCGCUACAAUUAUGGCCCAUGUGCCAAUGGAACAGUCACGGAUAUGGAUUGCAUGACCGGCUACAUCAACAACAGCCUGUCCACAGUGUACAUCAACGACCAGAGAAUCUAUAAUGAGUUCUCACCGGAACAGAUGGUGACGCCUAGCGGACAGAACGUCUCCUACUGCAGUUAUAAAGAUUAUAGAAGUAAUGAAGACUACAGCUUGACUCCUCAGUUCUGGCUCAUUUUAGCCGUGCGCUUUGCUUUUGUCAUCCUAUUUGAGCAUGUGGUGGUCAUAUGUAAGUUCAUCACAGCCUGGUUUGUUCCCAGCGUUCCCUUGGAUGUCAAGAAUCAAAGGCUCUUUGAUAAACUCAACAGGUUGAAGGAAGAGCUCAGCUCAUCGGAGGUAUGACAACAUCGCCACAGUGUUUUGGAGCAUUCUCAUGUUGACAUAGUGAUGUCUGAAAAACACAUGGACACAGUAUCCGCUCAGAUGUGACUGAUUACCAGCACUAUGGAGGACAUGUUUGUGUGUGGAGAGAGAGAGAGAGAGAGGGAGAGGGAGCGCUUAUCGCCUGGGUUUUAUUGGUUUGUAUUUGUUGUUUUUGUGUCAGAUGAUGUCAGAGUGCUGGCCAUGUGACUUCUGACCCUAGAUGUAGUUAUUGUUUCUUAUAAGAGAGAAAAAUAUAUAUAAAUAUUGUCUUAAUGUAAACAGACAACACCUCUAAAUGUUAUUAUUUUUUAUAUAUUUCAUGAAGUUGCACUAUUUUUUUGGUUUUUGUUGUUGCUGUUAAAUCAUCUUGUUUACCGUUCAGUACAGGCAUGUUGUGGCAUGGUAUGCAACAUAGUGGUAUGUUAUGUUAUAGUGAGAUACUUAUGUUUAUCAACUGUGGACAGGAAAUGUAAUAUAUUAUUUUAAGCACUGAGAUAUGAUUCAUGUUAUGWGACAUAACACAUUCACUUUAACUUAACGAAAGACACACCGUUGUUUAUUUAUGUACAGGGUAGCCUAGUGGUUAGAGUGUUGGGCCUCUAACUGAAAGGUUACUAGAUCAAAUCCCUGAGCUGAAAAGU